AUGCCUAUUCAAAGUCGAGAAGAUCCUAGUGAAGAACAAAUUGAAUUUGAAGUUGAAGAUAUAUUGGAUAUGCGAACUAUUAAUGGUGAACCAGAAUAUUUGAUUAAAUGGAAAGGACAUUCACCUUCUAAAAGUACAUGGGAACCACAAUCGAAUUUAAAUUGCCCAAUUCUACUUAGACGUUUUUUAGAUAAACACUCUUUUAUUGAACCGACAAUAGCUACUAUCCCUGAUGAUACAGAACCAUAUGGAUUUGAUCGUGGAUUAGCACCAGACUUUAUUAAUAUGGUUACAAAAAAGAAUGAUGAAUUAUACUUUUUAAUUAAAUGGAAAGGAAGUCAAGUACGUGAUGUUGUACCUGCUGCUCAAGCAAAUAUUCGAUGUCCACAAGUUGUUAUCAAAUUCUAUGAGAGUAUUUUACACUUUACUUGA